AAGAAUUUGUUCUUAACUGACUUGUCUAGUUAAAUAAAAAAUCAAUCACACAUGUUUUACCAAUGUGUACCAACUAUUAAUUACACAAAAUAUCUGUAAAUGUAUAAUUCUUAGUGAAGCCUGCAAAACACAUAUAGCCGCAUAAAUCACUUUAGGUAUGCAUAUACAUUAUUCAUGUUAAGUGAAACAUAAAAUCUUCAUCAGUAGUCGAAUGUGCAGGUGUUGUGUGUGCAGGCCGUUAAAUGGAAAGCUAUGUCUUUAAGAGUUGAGUGAAAGGCGGAGCCAGAGUAUAUUCUUGUAGCGUGGUGGAGCUUAAAAGAACAUCACUCACAACAAUAGUAUUAUUGAGUAGUCUCUCAGAACAUAAAGAAUAGUUACUGUACCAAAUGCGUUGUCCUUUAUUUCUCCUCAGUACAAUAGCAGACUGAAGCUUGUAAAUUGGGCUAUACUAACGUCUACCGCAAAACACGGGAAGUAGAACUGUCGCCAGAAGAGGAUUCUUAACGUUUCUACGUAACAUCUGAGGAAAACUGCGAGGUUGUAAGGUCCAGGAGUAGCAGCCAGCUGGGCGAGCCGAGUGUUUCCUGGCUUUGAUGCGACCCGAUUGUGCCUGGAGCAUGUGCACAGCGGGCCUGACUGCCCAGGAGAUCUGUUUACCUGCAGACAGCCCCUUCCUGCGGACCAGUCACUGUCUCAGCAUGGCUGAAGCCAAGCCCUCAUGGAGCCACCGCCAUGAGCUGGACAAGUAAGUCCCCACCUUGUACUUCAGUAUGGAUCCAGCACCAACAGAAUACAACUUUCGAUUUCAGCAGCAGGUGCCACCAUCGCUCAAUUCUGAGAGACAGAAACAUAGCCCUGGUGCACAGUGGUUACCCCCAAAGAAAUCCCGUCCCACUCAUCUGUCCCUGUCAUCUAGCACUGAGCCCUCCACCCCUAGCCCUGCUGAGGAUGACCAGGUGGUCCCUUCCUUCCAGAGGUUGUCUGUGUACGAACACUGCAGUCCCCCCCACACACCUAGCCGGGGGGCCAAACCCCUGCCUCCUCUCCCUGGGCGGGCAGACCUUUCCCCUGACCAGGCCAUGGACAAUGAGGUGGAGUUCUUCACCAGUUCAGAUGACCGACGCUGCUUGGUGCCUGAGCAGUGUCACCCCAAACCCUCUGCCUUUCGCUACGGAGCCCCCAGCCGCAGGAGCUUCAGGGGCUGUGGGCAGAUUAACUAUGCCUACUUUGAGGGACCUGCGGGGCAGCAAAGACAACAGGAACAGAAGGAGCAGCAGCGGGUACAGGAGCAGCAGCGGGUACAGGAACAACAGCGGGUACAGGAGCAGCAGCGGGUACAGGAGCAACAGCGGGUACAGGAACAACAGCGGGUACAGGAACAACAGCGGGUACAGGAACAACAGCGGGUACAGGAACAACAGCGGCAACAGCACGAGCAGCAGGAACAGCAACAGAGGUUGGAGCAGGAGGUGCAGGAGCAAGCAGAGCAGCAGCCAGUGUGUCCCAGACAGCAGGACCGAGCCCAGAGGAAGCUGCGGCGCUCUCACUCUGGCCCUGCUGGCUCCUUCAACAAGCCCACGUCGCUGCGCCUGUCCUGUCACCACCGCCACACUCAGGGCAUGGACAAACCAAUGGUUCCCCCCCGCGUGCCCAUCCCCCCACGGCCCAUCAAGACUGCAGACUACCGCCGCUGGUCAGCCGAGGUGUCCUCUGGGGCAUAUAGUGACGAGGACAAGCCCCCCAAGGUGCCCCCCAGGGACCCUUUGUUGUCUCAAGGCAGCUCCCGUACCCCCAGCCCCAAGAGCCUCCCCUCGUACCUUAACGGUGUUAUGCCCCCCACACAGAGCUUUGCCCCAGACCCUAAGUACGUGAGCUGGGGUUUACAGAGGCAGAACAGUGAGGGGUCUCCAUGCAUCCUGCCUGUCAUGGAGAACGGCAGGAAGGCCAGCACCACACACUACUUCCUGCUCCCACAGAGGCCGGCCAACCUGGACAAACCUUACCCGGAGAAGAUACUCCAGGAUGUGGACUGCCAGGCAGGUCGCAGUAGGGGGGCUUCAGACCCAGAAUGGGAUUGUCAGACCAAGAGGAAAGUACAGGUGGAUAUAGUUUGACCCGGAGGAGACAAAUUAGGGAAGGACUCCAGUGGACACGCGCAAUCAACCACUGGGGACACAGUGCCUCAGGACGUUGAGGCCUUCAGACACUUACUGCUGCUUUAACACUGACGACUUCGGUAGUUUUUACCUUGCUAUUCUAAAAACAUGGGUAUUUGACGUACCAUUUACAGUUACUGGGACUUUAGGAACUGCAACCACAACAAAGAUGCAUGGUCUAAAUGUGUUCUCUAACUAUUGAGUGUGUGGGUAAUAUGUAACAAUAUUUAGUUCUCUUUUUUUAUAUGAUUGCAUAUUUUAGUACAUUGAGUAUAUGUAAAUGUUUUUCUGAUAGUGGUGCAGUUAGCGUAUAAGCUGCCUCAAGUUCUCAGUGGUGUGUGUGUCACAUGUAUAGGAUGUUUUGUGAGUUGUAUGUUGUGUUUUUGAUAUUGCUUUUGUGUCUCAGAACUUGGGGACAAAGGGUCAGUAAAGCAAUCAUCAAUCUCCAAUUGCAUAUAUGAAGUCUAAAGAAGAGGCCAAUGUAUUGAACCACUUUUAUGAAGGAUUCUCCACCCACAUCCCCGUUCUAACUCCUAUUAUGUAUAAGCAUGAAUAUAGGAAUGCACAUAUGUUUCCUGCCUUGUUGAUAUUUCAGUCUUACUCAGGCCACUAUGUUUAUGAAUGGAAGUGUAUUUCUGUGUUUCCCUCACUGGAUGUACACUCUGUACCUGUGGGAGAGUGGAAUAAUGGUAUGCCUGUCUCCAGUGGAAUGUCUAGUGCAGUUUGUACUUUGUGUUAGGCGUGUGUGUGCGUGGUGCAACUGUGUUCGUGUUUUCCCUGCUGAUUUUGUGACUUUUCUACCAUAUCGUAGAAAACUAGGUUAACAAUAUUUGUUACUGUUCUCUUCCUGUUUUCAACACUGCUGCCAAAUACAUGGUCGUAAAGAGAAUCCUCCCUAACCCUUAUGCUACUUUCAGUGUCCAGGUCAUUUUGUGUUGCACAAAAAUGUGCCUGUUGAACAUAUGUGAAUGUAUGAUUUUCGUACAGUUUGGGCAGCUCAGUAGCUGGUCAAGCUGGGAGUCAUUGUCUGUCACUAAUUGUCUUCAAUACUACCUCCCAAUGACAAUACAAAUCAAUAUAUACUCAAAAACCUUGUGGAACGUAAUCCUAAAAUAAUUUGAAUUAACCUCUAAAUUAAAACUGAAACAGUGCCAAAUAUUUCUCAAAUGCCCUCAGUGAAAAUAUGAAAUAUGAUUAAAAUAUAUACCACUACUUCACUUACCAUAGUCCAUUUACCAUAUUUCAGAAUUAUAAACCGAAUGACCGGACCUUUUAUUUGACAUUAUUUCCACUACACCAAGUGAUCGUGGAUCCCAGAGACGUUGGGCUCACCUGAUAACAUAGACAUAUUAUGCUUGACUGUGUGGGGCUUACCUACAUGAAACGGACUUUCCUGUUCUGCUAAUGCAUUCCUGCCUGACAUGAUUGCAGUGGGUGUGGUCCAGAGACUUUGGCUGCUGGCGGCCAGGAAAUGAUAUGGAUUUUAUUGUAAUAGAUUAUUCAAGAAUCAUAAUGAUGACAUAGUGAAUUUAGCAAGUGUGUCGAAGUAACCCUGGAUAUAAAUCAUGGUGGUCGAAUUGGAUAUCAGAUUAGCUCUACAGUCAAAUGGUCACUUAAGUACAUUUUCUCUCAAAGGGAAAACAAACCUAGUAGAGGCCGUGUCGUUUUAUAUUUAAUGUAUAAUACAUUGUUUACAUUGUACACUGAUAGGUUAUUUAAUCUUAACCUAUUCCCAUGUCUUAUCGCAAACAAUGAAAUCAAAUGAAGACUAGUUCAUCGAGAAUAAUUGACAUUAUCUGCUGUGGUGAAACAAAUGCACUGGGAGUAAAGAACAUGAUGCUGUGUUUAUUUAACAUAAAUACACUAGUCAUUAUGAAUAUUUGAUCAAUGUAUCAGUCUUUUAAAGGGAAAAAUAAAAUGACUUAUUUAUGAA